AUGAUGAUGAUACAACAUCGGAAUUACAACAAAAGGCUCGUCUCUUUGGUCCUACGAGUUAGUAUCUAUACCAUCCUAUUCGUCGUGAAUGCACUCCUUCUCGUGUAUCCAACCUGGUAUUUCGUGGAUUUCCUUUCUUCCAAAAUUUCCAUUUCCCAAUCCAUCGUCUCGCAUGGACAAAAGAUUAGAGAUUUAGAAUACAAGCCACCCACACCAUUACCAUCCAAUGUGGAUCAACAUUACUUUAAGAUACCAGACCCUUUUAGAAAUCAUUUUCAGAAUGUGAACGUUACAAUACCUUGUGAAUCAUCCAUGAUGCUUUUUUCAUUCAGUGCCAAUGCUUCGAUGGAUGUUUUAAUUUUCAGACGAUUUGAAAUGUUUGAGGCAUAUAUGAAUUUGUCAAGUCCAAGUCACUUGCUGUAUUUGAAUGACACCACAUUGUCUCUGUUAAGAGAAUAUCCAUUGGACAGGAGUACCAUCAUGAUAUCUGACAAUUCAUUUGCGAGUCGUUUCUUUUCAACAAAAGUUCAUAACAGCAACACUUCUAUGGUCAAUAAUGACACUGAAACAUGCAACCAUGGAAGUUUUGAAAUUUAUCUCGUAUUUAGAAAAUUAAUAACUCAGCAAGAAUAUAUUUCUAUUGAUUUUUGGUAUUGGUUAGAGUAUCAAGACAAUCGAGGAUUUCUUAAAUUUAACGUGACAAUACUAUGCAUAUUCUUCAUGAUAAUCUUUAACACUAUUUAUUUAUUGAAUGUCAAAUCAUUUUUACAAUUUUUAAUGCCUGCUUUAUUUAGAGGAGAGACGAAUACUAUCAGCACAUUCUCUGAACGGCUAAAACGAUUUUUACCACUCGAGACAUGUCUGUGCUGUGGUUGUUGUUCACAACAUUUAAGAAAACCACAGAGUCAAGUGCGAAAUUUCUACGAUCGUAUGCAUUCCAUUUCAAGCAGUUCAGUGAAUGAUGAUGAAGACUCUCUCAACAAACUUUCUCCAAGAGCAGAAACCAUUUCAUUUCGUGACUUGGCUUUUACUUCCUUCACAGGUAAGGAAAUAUUACAUCCCAUUAGUGGUGAUAUUACUCCUGGACGUCUUACUGCCAUUGUGGGAAAGAGUGGUAGUGGCAAGUCCACAUUUAUCAAUACUCUCUGUCGAAGAGCGAGUCAUGGAUUGCAGAGUGGAAAGGUUUUUGUUUCCAAUAAGGAAAUUACUCGAGAGACAUCUAAAAUGAUUGGAUUUGUACCUCAAGAUGACAUUAUUGCCAGUAAUAUCACUGUGAGAGAAGCUCUCGAGUUUAGUUUACGUUAUCGAAAACGCAGACAAUUUUCUCCACAACACAUUAUUGAUACUCUCGGAAAGUUGGGACUUCUUCAUGUGCAGCAUUCAUUGGUUUCUGAAAUUAGUGGAGGUGAGAGAAGAAGAACAUCGAUUGGCAUUGAAAUUGUCAAUGAUACUCCAAUACUCAUAUUGGAUGAACCGACCUCUGGAUUAGACUCAGAGACAUCUCUCAGUCUUGCUCUCACUCUUCGAUCAUUGGCAGAAGACAACCACUUGACCAUUAUUUGCGUGAUUCAUCAGCCCUCUGCCGAAGUCUUUCAACAAUUUCACAACAUGAUACUCUUUUCAGAUGGGCAAUUGCUACUGCAUGCUCCAGUGGAUUGUGUCAUUGAAACACUGAAAGAGAAAAUUCCUGCACAUGAGAUUCGAUUAAAUCCAGCAGAUGAAAUUUUGAGAACCUUAAUUGAACCUAUUAAGGGAACUCCUAUCCUUAGAGCUAUUCAGAAAAAACAAGAAGAGAAAAUCACACCUGUUGUGGAAUUUGCUACUACAAGUAAUACCAGCACUAGUUCCAAUUCUGAAUUCUCUCACGACUCAUACCAGGAUACUCCUAUUGGUGACUUUUCAACUGCUCCUUUUUGGGCUCAGUUUGCAGCGUGUGUGGAUCGUUCGUUACGACAAUUUUUUCGAAAUUGGCGUUUGUUACUGCUCGAUAUUCUUAUUUGCCUUGGAAUUGGAGGAUUGAUUGGAGCCAUUUUUAACAAUCUUGAAUUUAAAGGAUCGGUCAGUGAGGAAAUUUUCAAGCAAUGUCCUUUAAUUCUCAGAGGAUUUUCAAUGCUUCCUGUUUCGGACAAGAUUGCACCGUUUGUGACUUUUGUGGAAUUGGCACUUGCAAUGGUUGCCAUUAUGAGAGCAUUGAGAGUAUUUGGUCAUGAUAUGGAAAACUUUAAACGAGAGUCUUUCUCAGGUCUCAAUUCAUGGAUGUUCUUUGCAGCAAAGGAUUUGAUAAGUUUAAUACCGAUCAUAUUCAUCUCCUUGGCAUUCACAACUGGUCUAUUUAUUGCUCGUCCUCAAGCAAGCUUUGGAAUUUACUAUCUCACUUCGAUCUUGACUAUUUUGACUUCGUUUCCAAUAGGAUACAUGAUUUCAUUCUUUUGUUCUCCUCAUACUGCUCAAUUAGCCGCAACGUUGGUCGUACUUUUGUUGUAUGCUGUCUCUGGAAAUCAACCAACUCUUCCUGAGAUUGAACGACUGCCAUUUCCAUUUUCAUAUUUUCAUAUUUUCACUUAUUUGAGAUUUGUGAAGGGACUUUUGUAUAUGGUUGAAAUUGAAACGAGAGGACAAACAGAACAUAUUGAUUCUGCUUUAUUUAUCAAUGGAUAUGAAACUGAAUCUGUUGCUUAUUAUUGGUAUGCCAUGAUCUUUUGGUGUAUCCUCUUUCGUGUGUGUGCUGUAUUUUUAAUGUGGCAAUUGAAACCUCAUUCAUUACUGCAUCGAGUGAUCACACUGAGCAAAAUUCUUGGAGGAAAGAUUGUACAAAAAGUUAAAAGUGCAGCAACUGAAAUGAGAGAUGAUAUUAUUUCAUCCUCAUCAGCUGCUACGAUGAGUGAUCGAAGAGUAUAA